UAGAUAAUUUAAUUUUUAUUGAAAUUUUAGCUUCAGAUUUUAUUCGAAUCACCGAACAUAUCAGUUUAGAGAGUUCAAAUUUUCCCCCUAAAACAGAAAAACAAAACCAAAAAAACAUACAAAAUAUGAUUUCGAAACUAGGCUCUCUAGAAGAAAAAAUCAAACUUCCACCUACCGAAACAAUUAGUAGAUUUUAUCAACAGCCGCAAAACAAUCGGAAGGCCAUAAGGAUACUCACAGUGGCCGUUUAUGUGUUUUGUGUUUCAUUGGCUGCGAUAAUGUUGUCCCUUUACUAUGUGUUCAUAUGGGAUCCAAGUAUUCGACCGUUUGUUACAAAAAUGGCUAACUGCGACAAAAUAGUUAUACCUGAACAAAUUGCUAUUCAACUUAUAAAUUCCUCAGAAAUAUCGGCAGAACAAUUUUAUAAAAAUUUACAUGAAUAUUAUCAACGACAUCACAUUCAGUACCUGUGGAAUAAAGACGGAACACAUCAAAAUUUACAAAAUGCACCCCUAAAUAAGACACCUAAACAGAAUGAUUUUGCACAACAGCAAAAAGAAGUUCCCAGAAGUUUAGCCGGCCAUCGGCCAGCCCUAAACAAUUAUCAAUUUACUGAGCGAGAAGAAGCAAACGAGGUCGCUCUUCUCGAAUCAUUGACUAUCGCAUCCCAAGAGAUCCACAGUGCCACAGCACCACCAAUCAAUGAGAAGCCCAGCAACUAUGACGACGAGGAUUACUCUGAAGACGAUUCAAACCUCGGUGCCGAGUCCAGCGGAUUCUUCCCUUUCAACUUCGAAUACACCAAUCGGAGAAAAUUUGAUGCAGAUUAGUACGGACCGUAUUAUGUUAUUUUUUAAGUUCUAUAUUAUGUUUUUAUUUUUGAAAUCGCAGGGCUGUUUGUCUUAAUGCUAUAUGGACUUAAAUCAUUUCAUACAACCAAAAAAAGUAACAUAAUUAAUCCACACAUUCUUUCAUUCAUGUUUAACGAUAAAAGAAACAUUAUUGAUCUGUAUAUACGAGUAUACAAUAAGUCUUCAUUUCAUUCAAUUAGAUAAUACUAUUAUGAUAUAUGUUAAUACAUAAGUGCAAUAUACAUAAAUGAGUAAACCGAAAAAAAAAAUCAUAAUUUAGGACCGUUUAGUGUUACUACAAAUAAAAAUUUAAAAAAAAUACAAAAAUGUAACUUAGGCAAUUAAAUAACAUUAUUGCAUCGGGUAUUGUACGCAGUCACUUGUUAGUAAACAUUCGAAUCAAUCCAUUUAAAAUAAAUACAAAAUAAUAUUAAAACUACGAUUAAAUAUAAAAUUUGAUACGAAUUACGAUGAGAACUUAGAAUCAUUACUGCACAUGAGACUUAAGCAAAAGUUUGAUCGGCCGGUCGAUCAUCAUUGAUUGAAAAUAUAUUAUUGGAUGUGAACAUUUAAUCAAACAUACAUUAUGUAGAAAACGAUAUGAAUAUAAACAAAUUAAAUAUGCAUAGCAUAGGAAUAAAACGGUGUGUAGUAUGUGUAAAAAGUUGUAAUAGAUAAACCUAAAUAAAAAGAUAAAUGUCGAAUUUCAAUGCAGUUGCAGAUAACAUAACAAUGUAAGAGACUGCAAAUAAAACAGCGUUGUAAUAAUUUGAAUAAUAAAAUAAACUAAAAUUAAAAAAUUUAA